AUGUGCCUCCCACUGGGAAGAGCGAGACAGUUCGUCGCGAAGAAAAGGUGGGGGUUGGUGACAUCACCACGCCUCGAUCCAGAAGCCGCAUUCCCCUCGAGUAGUGGUAAUUCGAGGAUGCAUCUGGUGAGGAGGAAGAGGGAGGCGGAUGCUCACCGCAGGCUUACACCUUGGGAAGCAUCUGAUGUUGUCAAGAUUCUCGUGGAUAAGGUUCCUGAUAAUUGCACGCAUGCACAAGCUUUGGAAGUUGUAGCUUCACUCACCGGAGAGGGUUGCUUGACGGAAGAGCUGGGAAGAGAGUUGGCGACUGAUGAGGCCGACUUUUCACCAAUUGCGAAUUUGUUUUCAAGUCCGGAGACUGACGUGCCUUCCGCGGAACUCAUUCGAACAAUUACAGAGGAGUUUCCAUGGAAGUUUCUCAGUGACGAGCGUCUGCAGCAUAUGGUUUAUCGACUUUCCAAACAAGCGGAGAAAUUGAUGACCAAAGGGGAUUUGAAAGGAGCCCAGGAGAUGAGUUUAAAGGCGUUACGCUUUGAGGGUUGUAGAAGCCGAGCUGUCGAGACGGAAAAAGCUGCCAAGCCUUUAGUAUUUCCCGAGACUAAUCUGGAUCAAAGAACUGGUUACGCUGCGAGAUCGGGCGCAGCGAUAAGCUCGCUUUUACAGCCUGAUGAGCCUGGAGAAAAGGGGCCGCCACAGCGCGAUGCCUUCAGAGAGAACCUGCAAAGUAUUAAAAGAAUCAGUGAGGAACGGAAGACCAAGAAAAUCAAAGAAGAGGAAAUAAAAAGACAAAUCCCUUUCAAAAUAAAGAGGUUCGCAGAAGUUUCCUCUCGGUUCAUGCAAGAGAAAAGAAGUAUUGACAAAACCAAAAGCGAUGCUAAUGUGCCUCCCACUGGGAAGAGGGAGACAGUUCGUCGCGAAGAAAAGGUGAGUGGCAACUGUAUGGAAGUCCCACAGGGCGUGCCUAAGGUUCAUAAGGACAUUACCAGGCGUGAUCGAGCACGCUUGCGAGAAAUCCUGGCAGAGCAAGAGAAACUCAAAGAGGCGCCUCCUGGGUAUCGAUAUAUGGGUGAGGAUGAGCAGAAGGACGUCCUGAAUAAUCUGAACAAACGGAAGACCGAGCUAGAGAAAGAGUACCUCGGUCUCCCACUGCGUAUUGAACGCGAACGGCAACGGGAAAGACAGAGAACGAUCGAGGCAAGCAUUGCGGAAAUCGAUGCUGCUAUAAGAAAGUUCAGCGAGGCGGAUGUGGAAGAGGAACUUCUGCAGACAGGCACAUCGCCUGAGCGCUUGGUUGAAAUCUUCAACGACACCAAGCCGGUCUUACUGCAAUCCGUAGUUGAUACUAUCAACUCGAUGCAGGAUUCAUGGACUGCUUCAAAGGAUCAGCCGCGUUUCAAGGGUAUGUCACAGAUCCAGACCUUCAGUCACACCGCUUCAAGUAAUGACUUCAAGCCACAGGGUCAACUGAGUGAGGCUGAUGGUUGCUGGCCGUAUCCGUUCCAGAAGUGCAACCAUGUACCAACGGAAAAAACUGAAUACCCAAAAUGCAAGGAUGCGGCUCAUCCGCCUCUCCCUCCAUGUCGGACAACGUGCACCAACAAGGCAUACAAGAGGAGCUUAAAGAAAGAUGUUCACCGAGCGAAAGGCUGGAGGAAAGUGUUAAAUAAUGCUCAGAGCGUCAAGCAGGAGAUAUUCGAUAACGGCCCAGUCUUCAGCGCCUUCAAGAUGUACGAAGAUUUCAGAUAUUACAAGUCUGGAGUUUACGUGCCAACGACCGAGGAAUUCCACUCCUUUCAUUUAAUCAAAAUUAUUGGUUGGGGAGUCCAUCCCGAUGCGCAAGAUUUGGGAGUUGUGUCUUUACUCAAUGAGGAGGGGUGCUCGACGGAGGAGCUGAGAAGGGAGUUGGCGACUGAUGAAGCCGAUUUUUCGCCAAUUGCGAAUUUGUUUACAAGUCCGGAGACAGACGUGCCUUCCACGGAGGUCAUUGAAAUGAUUAUGGAGGAGUUCCCGUGGAAGUCUAUAUCAUUCGAUUCUAUGGACUCCCACAUCGCUAUAGGGUCAAUGCACGUUGGUCAGAUAAGUUUGAAAGCGCUGCGUUUGGAAGAUUGUAGAAGCCGAGCUGUUGAGGCGGAAAGAGCUGCCAAGUCCUUGGGACCGUCCGAGACUGGUCUCGAUCAAAGAACUGACGGUGUCCACGAGCUGAUCGGUGUUGUCAUGAUGAUGAUGUUGUUCUAG